AUAGUGACAUCAAGUGAUGCAAUGAAUGAGUCAUUCAAUGCAUUGGAUAUCAUAUGACAUAUCAUAAGAGAUAUCAAAACAAAACAUUUCAUACAAUUUAAACACUAYUUUCAUUGAUUGUUACCAUCGAUGACGACAUAUAUCAAUGGAUUCAAAUGAUGAAUAUUCAUACAAAGAGGCGUCGAAAGUGGAUCAUAAUGUCUAUUUGUCCUCAUACUUGACGGCCAUUGACAUGAAUGCCGUCCAAAAUCUUAAAAUCGGACGCAUUUUGACCAUCGAUUUGGUGCCUUUGGCUGACAAUGGGCGCCACAAAGAUAUCACUUAUAUGUUCAUCAAAGCAGCGGAUAAUCCCAAAGAGGACCUAAUUUCUCAUUUUAAUGAAUGCUAUCAAUUCAUUUGCGACGGUSUGUCAAAUGGUCACAAAGUUUUGGUUCAUUGUGUGGCUGGAGUUUCAAGAAGUGCCACAAUUGUUAUCUCAUAUCUGAUGAUUAAAAAUAAUAUAUCUUUUGAUAAAGCGAUGGCUUUGGUCAUAAAGAAGAGAUCAAUUGUUGAACCAAAUUAUGGAUUCUUAAGACAAUUAAAACUGUUUGAGAAAAUGGGUUUAAAAUUAGAUCCAAUGAAUGGUGAAUACAGACACUUCUUAAUAGAGCACUUGAAGUAUCAAAUGAUUAAAACUCAGCCGUGGUUUAGAUCUAUUGGACACAAUAUUAGUGAUGAUCUAAAUCUUUGUCAAUCAUUAGAUAACUAUUUGAGAAAAACACAAAAUUUAAUGAUUACUUGUAAUUCAAGUCAAAGAAUUAGUAAAGCAUUUAAAUGCAGGAAAUGUAGAGAAUAUUUGUUUAGUGAUAUCAAUGUAAUCAAGAAGUUGUCCAAUGAUUCAGAUAAACACAACGUAUUGUCAGACUUUGAGUGUCAGUCACUAUAUGUGGAACCAAUAGAUUGGAUGACACAAUAUUUGUCUAACAGUAUGAGUGGAUCAAUAUAUUGCCACAAAUGUCACUCAAAAUUAGGUGAUUUUCAUUGGAACUCAUUUGAUAUCAAAUGUUGUGACAAACAUAACGACAACUCUAUUAGAAAUUGUCUUAUCGUCAGAAUUGAUGUCAAAAGAGUCGAUUCGCCGACAAAUCAUUUAUUAUAG